AGGACUUUUUGGCCAUAGCUCUGGCAAAGCAGCACUGCUCCUGGAAGCAGAAAAGGGGAGUUUUUCCUUUUCCUUUCCCCCCAUUUUUUUUCCAUCCCUGGGACUUUGGGGUCCGAGUGGGGCGUGGGCAGCCUGUUCCCCGCCUAGCAUCCCACCCUCCUGGAUCGUUUUGCCUUUGGAGGAGGAUCGCCUGGGAUUGCACUGGAUGAUCCUCAGUUUUUGGACUACUGUAUAUAUUUGCAUACAGUAUAUAUAUUUGCAGAGGCUUGGAGGAGGAGAGACCCUGGAGCUGCUGAAAGACUUCUGAGGAUCAGUUCUGAGAACCAGAUGUUUUGGGGAUGGUUCAGAGAGUGGAGCCAUUAACAUCUGUACCCAUACAAUCGACUGAGACAGCUUGCAUAUAUUCAAAGGCUGAGGAGGACUUGCCUACUGGGACAAAGAAAAUGUGGCUACAGCAUCUGGGAUUUCUUUUCAAGCUGUCAUAAAUACAGUCCCCAACCCUGUGUGAUGAUUCUCAACGGGGCUGGACAUGAAGUCUCCUAAGAAAACUUCCAUCAGGAAGAGCUAGUGGACCAAGGACACCUUCUGCAGACAUUUCUCUUCCCUCCUUCUUGGAUAUACUUUAUCAUCAUUUCAGUGCCUCUUUGUUUGUUUUUGAAAACUUACAAGAAAUGUCCAUUGCACUCAAACAAGUCUUUAAUAAAGACAAGACGUUCCGUCCGAAACGGAAAUUUGAACCGGGGACGCAGAGGUUUGAACUCCACAAACGAGCUCAGGCCUCUCUGAACUCUGGAGUGGACUUAAAAGCAGCGGUGCAGCUACCAAAUGGAGAAGAUCUAAAUGAUUGGGUAGCUGUCCACGUGGUUGACUUUUUCAACAGGAUCAACCUGAUCUAUGGAACUAUCUGUGAGUUCUGCACAGAAAGGACCUGCCCUGUGAUGUCCGGUGGUCCAAAGUAUGAAUACCGAUGGCAGGAUGAUCUCAAGUACAAGAAACCUACAGCAUUGCCAGCACCCCAGUAUAUGAACCUUUUGAUGGACUGGAUUGAAGUGCAAAUCAACAACGAAGACAUAUUUCCUACUAGUGUAGGUGUACCAUUCCCAAAGAACUUCCUCCAGAUCUGCAAGAAGAUCCUGUGCAGGCUGUUUAGAGUAUUUGUUCAUGUCUACAUUCAUCACUUUGACCGCAUCAUCAUCAUGGGGGCAGAAGCCCACGUCAACACCUGUUACAAGCACUUUUAUUAUUUUGUAACAGAGCUCAACCUCAUAGACCGCAAAGAACUGGAGCCUUUGAAAGAGAUGACAGCUAGGAUGUGUCACUGAAGAACUGGGAUUGAAAGAAAAUAAAAUGCAAUUUCCUGCUAUAUGAAGAAGAGCUAGAGGACACGCCAGCCUUCAUAGACAAAACUUGCCUCAUUAAUUCUCAAAAAAGCAGGAAAGUCAAGAACAAACGAUUAUUGCUUUCCCAGACACUUCCCACCAUUAUGUAUGCUCUUAAACCUGAAAAUGCUGCUAGGUGCCUCCUUGGAAUGAUGAGGAUUUCUUGGAAAGAAAGGAUGAAAUGAGCCUUUUUCCAUACUCCCUGAAUGCUUGAGGAGGACUUGCCCAGAAUACAAAUUGAUUCCAUCCACCUCUCUGCUCUUAAAGCUUUACUACAGUUGUGGUUUCUAGGUGUACUUUGGAAAUUUCUGCUGUUGUUAGGCUUUUUUAAAUAUAAAUGGUUAUUAAGUGCAUUGUUCUUCAGGUACAGUGUGCAACGAGAGUCUAAGUUUCUGCUCUUUACAUACGUCCAACCAGCUUAGAACUGUGAGCCUGUAAUUUGCCUAAAAAGUUGCACUAUCUUUCUUAUCUUAGACUACCAUCCUUGGUUAUCCAAAACACAGGUAGGGAAGAAGCUGGUUACCCAGGGGAAUAGGCAAACUGUUUUUGCAGUGCUGGGAUUUACCUAGGUAGUGCCUUCAAACACCUCCAGUUCUGUAUAAAUGUUUCUUCCUUUCCUGUGUAACGAUUGCCUGGGAUUACUUAUUUCAUAGACAGGCUGUUAAUUCAUGUGUUGGAAACAAGGACAUCCAUUCCAAAGACCUCAGAUGAAAACUGAACUGAUGGGGAGGGCAGAUUCCUGUAUAGUUUCUCUGGCAGCACAUUUUAGUAUGGUCGGCUCACCCAAGCCAAUCAAAAUGCCAAAUCCAUUUUGCAUAUAUAGUCAGAUUAUAAAAAGUGAUAUUCCAUGUCAGGCAAGUGAGCAGUAAUGAGAACUUCUGGAGAAAGGCAACAAGUGGAACUGAUGGGCUAAGUGAAAUGUUUCCGAAUUUGGAAAAGUGGUACUCUGUGAGCAAGUGUGUGUGUAUAGAGUAUUAUAUAGAAAGGAAGAUGGAAGGAGACAGAGACUUCUAUGUAAUUAAUAAGCAAAUACUAUGAGGCAUAAAGAAUACCAGUCUGUUGGCAUUAGAUGUACUGCUCAUACACCGUGGUUGUUAACUGUAUGAGAUGUGAGGCAUUUUCAGAGGGUAUACCCACAACGUGUAAUUAUAGGGAUCCCUUCAAAGCCACUUGGCUCUGCACUAUGACACCAUACUCCAUGUUGUGAUGACACCUAUGCGGCUUUCUAGACUGUCUUUAUACUAAAGCUGGCAAAUGCUUUGAAAUACCACUGUGCCUCUACCGUGAUUUGUUUUGUUUUGUUUUGACUGUUUGUUUUCUUGGUUACACUUACUCAGUUACCAGGAAAUUGCUGAUUGGCUUAAAUGUGAAAUUUCUAAAUCCAGACCUUUUGCAAGAGGAUGGUAGAAAACAUAAGGUGGCUUAAAAGCAACAUCAACUGUAGAACAAUCCGUCCAUCCCAGGGCUUGUUCACAACUGAUGCACUUUGUACAUGCAAAAAAUCUGCAGGCAUGUUGCAUGCUUGAAUGACAUAGUGUGGCUGUGUACAUUCCUUGUUCAUUUCAUUGCUUUCCCUCAUUACUUCUGUUCUCUUUAAAUUACAAAUUAAAUCAUUGUCCAAUUGAUGCAAAAAUGAUGCUGAAAAUGAUGGAAACAUUCCAGUUUGUGUGUGUGUGAUAAAAAAAUUGCCUUCUCUCCAUUGUAAAUAGAUGACUGGUUAUCCAGUCUUAUCUGGCGAAAUUAAUAUUAGUGACAUCAAUAAACAGCUAAGGAAUAUCCCUGGCUAAACUUAUUAACCAGUAUUUGCUGACACAGUUUUAAAUUACCAUUUAGAAAAUAAGAAUAAGAGGAAAAUGAACUAAAACAUUGUGUGCCUUCUGUAGAACUUAGUCCAGUCUUUCAUUAUAGUGAUUAUUUUGGAAUACUCUGACAGCCCUUGUAAUUCUUCUUGCCCCUAUCAGUCAAUUGUUCCUGAGUGUUUUGAAGAAGGAUAUUAGAAAAUUAAUCCCACAGGAGGUAUAAAUUAUAAAAUACAGAUACAACAGACAGCCUGUAAUAACCUUACAGCAGAAUGUCACAUGAAAGAUGUUGAGAGGUGUUGGACUCUGGGUUGCUUUUUUCCAUAUGGAUAUAUUCUAAUUCCCUGUCAUUGCAGUACAUCUCCAGAUUCAACCCCUAAAAACCCAGCUUAAAUGCCAGGCAGUGCCACCAACAUAGGGAUAUCCAAAGUGCUGGGGAGUGGAGCAGUAUAUAAAGAAUAGACGACUGGUUAUAAAGAAGCAUCCUCCCUCUUCCCACAGUGAGUUUGCAACUGCUUGUCCCCAAGCACCCUUUGAGAAUGGAGCCUUCUUCAUUAACCACCUUGCUUCCCUGUGCUUUCCCUUGGAAAUCCUGCUAUUGGUGAUAUUGCCUGGCUUCUAAAGUCUGGUUUGGAGAGGAUUCCCAGUGAUUGCGCUAGUGCAAAUACUAUAAAAAUGAAUCCCCCAAAUUAUAAUGUUCUAAAUUCAUCAUACAAGAACGUACAAGAUUGUAAAAAUUAAACAGGAUUCCAACCAUUUGUGUCCAGCUCUUCCAUUUAUCUAUUUAAAAGCUUAAAGAAUAAAUUAAUAUUCAUGAAUUUAAAUCCAUUUAGAAUUUGUGUCCACUGAGACAAAGCCAUCAGUGUUAUGAACAAAUAGUUUCUGCUGCUGCUGUAGCUGAUAGAAUCGAUGUCCCCUGAGCUCAGUCCUAAAAUCAGCAUUGUAAAUUAAAUACGGUGUGCAUACUCUCACACUACUCCCCUUGGUCAAAAUAUGUAUGGCUCUAGGCCACCUUUCUCCCUGGAACUAAAACACAAGGGGGUUGUUUUCCAUUCUUUUAAUACUUUACUGAUUAACCUUUUGCCAUGUCAAGAAUUUGUAAACUGAAGCCAGGAUCAAAACACCCUGAGGAAAACUUCACUGCAACAAAGGUUUGGAUAGUUCCACUUCCUAGAUAGCACCAAGUCCCCAAAGCACCUUACCAGCAAUGAUUCCAGUGUUUUGAGUACUGGAAUUUUUGCAUUUUCCAUUUCUUCUCUUAAACUGAGAUAGAAUAUUUAUCUGAACUUGUUAUCUCAAGGGAAUUAAAUAGCAGGUGCCUAAUUGGAUUGAUCAAAACCACUUUGUGCAUGAUGGCAAAGAACAUUGAGACCAUGGAAUGGCCUUUUACAGUUUGGUGAUGUAUUGCCAUCCAGUAGCCAGUCAGGCUUUGUAGUGUUGCUCUUUUGCAUGUGAUAACCAGUUUUUAAAUCCUUAACUCAGGAAGUAAUAUUAAAAAAUAAUUUGCUAUUUUCUGUGCUUUAGAGUGGUGAAGAAUGUGAGCACGUAUAUGAAAGUGGAAAUGAAUGGAUUUAAAAAGCAGUUUCUUUAGAUGAUGAUUCAAACCUGAAGAACUGGCUGAGUUGUGUCAGCUUUCUCACUUGUUAAUCAGCUUGAGAAAGAACUGUUAAACUGAAUCCAAGAGGCCUAAGCUAAGACCAUUCUUAGAUAAUUAUCCUAAAGAAAUUUGAAAGAUGACUAAGGGGUUGUCCACAAGAGCCAAAGGCAUGGCUUGUCUUGGCUCAUCUAGAUUAGACAACGCAGGCAAAACACCCAGGGCAGGAUUAGGCCUGAUCCUGCCUAUCCAGACAUGGAUCCAAAGGAUCCGUCCUGACCCGGGGUUAUUAAUCCUGGUUUUGUGCAGAUUUUCUAAGAAACUCCACAACAAAUCAAAUGGUUCAGACAGCCCUGACCCAGUGCUCCUUAUCAUGCCAGCUGUUGAUCCAACUGAGAAUCUCUCCAGUUGCUGCAUCUGAUAAGGAAACGGGAUGCCUGGCCCUGUGGAUGCAGUCAGUUGCCCCAGUUCCAUGUCAGAUGCAGCGACUGGGGGCCUUCUCAGUCAGAUCAAUGGCCAGCAAGGUAAGGAGUUGCAUACAAGUUCCGGGUUGGUGUGAGGAUGGGUGCAUGAACAUCUGCCAGUCCCUGUGCUGACCCAGGGACCAACCCAGGUGAACACUGGGACCAGGAAAGCACAGGCUCAGCCCAUGCUUUCCUGGCCCAUCUGCUCAGGCCCAAACUUGGCUCUUUCACUGCUCUUCUACUAGUAAAUCGUGGUCAAAAUCUUUGCUUUAUAAACAUGUACUUCAGAAUGUUGAAAGCCAGGUGGGUGAAUGUGCUGGACUGUAGCUCAUACCAUUCCUCACUUCUGCCUGUGCUGGAAAUGGCUGGUGGGAAUUGUAGCCCAGCAGCAUCUGGAGGGCCAGGGUUGUUCAUCCCUGCUAUUAAACCAUCACAUUUGGUAUUUCAGGAAUAGAAUUGUAUUGAUUGCACACCCCAGCAAUCUUUCUAUUGCGUUUUAGAGUUCCUACGAGGAAAAGAAUGAAUAUUUCAUCAAAAUACUAUUAUGAACCAUUUGAAUACACUUGACUGGUCUGAAAUAACAACCAUUUGUUUGUUGGAUGUUAAAAUUUUAGUCUGAUAUAUCUUCCUUAUCUCUGACUCCCUUUCAAGAAUUAGCUCCAAACAAAAUCAGAUACUGUACUAGAAAAGGGUAGUAGGUCAUUUUUUUUUUCUGUUCAGAUUUUGGAGUGCAUGUAAUUUUCUGUUGAAAUAGCUUCCCAAGGAACAUGGUUGUGCUUCUGGUCUGGUCUGUAAUGGAUAAUGGGGGGUUCCCUUCACUGAUUUAGACAAACUGUUGAUUAUUUACAGAUGUUUAGGCUACAUGUUUAUUUUCAGGAAAUGAUUUGUAGAAAUAAUUUUUUUCUUGCGUCUCCCCAUCAAAUUCUACCAGUGUGUGGGCUUUAACAAUGUCAAAGCCAAUGCAUUUAUGGAAUAUUUUAGUUCUGUCUGUGAUUAAAUUAAGAGUUCAACUGUAUGAUGAACCAAUGUUGUCAGUGAAAUAAAAUGACUUUUACAAAAGGA